GAGGCUUUGGGGGUCCCUUUGGGGUCCUAUGGAGGGAGGGGUCCUGUGCUGGGGGGGAAGGUGUGGAAUCUUUAGGGUCCUGCAGUUGGGGUGGAGGAAACUGGGGUCCUGGGCAGGGGGAGAGGGGUGUUGGGAGUAUUGGGAUGAGAUUUUGGGAUGAGGGGGGGGUCUGACAACAUUUCCCACCCCCCCCAUUUCCAGAAACGGAUGUCGGUGACGGAGGGUGGCAUCCGGUACCCCGAGACCACAGAGGGGGGGAGACCCAAACUGGGGGGGCUGAUGGACCCCCGGCAGGGCGUCAUCGAGCGCACCGGGCGCUGCCAGACCUGUGCUGGGAACAUGACGGAGUGCCCGGGUCACUUUGGGCACAUCGAGUUGGCCAAACCUGUGUUCCAUGUGGGAUUUUUGGGGAAAACCAUGAAAAUCCUGCGCUGCGUUUGCUUCUUCUGCUCCAAACUGCUGGUGGAUGCGGUGAGAUAUUGGGGGGGG